AUGCUAUCAUGUACGGCACCCGGUCUCGACAGAAUAAGACCAGAACACCUGAAGAGCCUUCCGCCAGUACUCAUCAACACCCUGGCGAGGCUCUUUACACGUUAUCUGUCGGAAUGCAAGGUUCCUAAACAGUGGAAGACCAGCAAAACCGUGUUGUUGUACAAAAAGGGAGAUCCACAUGACAUCGGCAACUAUCGUCCAAUCUGCUUACUGUCCGUCAUCUAUGAGCUCUUUACAAGAAUGAUCCUUAAUAGGAUUGAAAAAGUCUUGGAUGAAGGACAGCCAUGCGAGCAAGAAGGGUUUCGAAAAGGAUUCAGCACGAUUGACCACAUUCACACUGUUUCGAAACUCACCGAGGUAUUACGAGAGUAA